AUGCCGGGCAGCGGCCCCAGCGAGAGGAUGACGUGGCCAGGCCCGGCCCUCCCCGCGGCCCCCACAACCCGCCCUCUCUCCUCAGCCCCCGGGACACCGCCCAUCCCGCCCCUCACCCGGACCCGCAGCCUCAUGGCCAUGUCCCUGCCAGGGAGCAGACGGGCCUCUGCUGGAUCCCGCAGGCGCACCUCUCCUCCCGUGAGCGUGCGGGAUGCCUACGGCACCUCUUCCCUCAGCAGCAGCAGCAACUCGGGCUCCUGCAAGGGCAGCGACAGCAGCCCCACGCCCAGGCGCUCCAUGAAGUACACGCUGUGCAGUGACAACCAUGGCAUCAAGCCCCCGACCCCGGAGCAGUACCUGACUCCGCUGCAGCAGAAGGAGGUAUGCAUCCGGCACCUGAAGGCCCGGCUGAAGGACACACAGGACCGCCUCCAGGACCGGGACACUGAGAUUGAUGACCUGAAGAUGCAGCUGUCCCGCAUGCAGGAGGACUGGAUCGAGGAGGAGUGCCACCGUGUGGAGGCCCAGCUGGCCUUGAAGGAGGCCCGCAAGGAGAUCAAGCAGCUCAAGCAGGUCAUUGACACUGUCAAGAACAACCUGAUUGACAAGGACAAGGGGCUGCAGCAGUAUUUUGUGGACAUCAACAUCCAGAACAAGAAGCUGGAGACGCUGUUGCACAGCCUGGAGGUGGCCCAGAGUGGCACAGCCAAGGAGGACGGCACCGGGGAGUCGGCCGGCGGCUCCCCUGCCCGCUCCCUCACCCGCAGCUCCACCUACACCAAGCUGAGUGACCCGGCCGUCUGUGGUGACCGCCAGCCCGGGGACCCCCCCAGCGCCUCCGCCGAGGAUGGAGCUGACAGCGGCUAUGCAGCCGCCGAUGACUCGCUGAGCCGGACGGAUGCCCUGGAGGCCAGCAGCCUGCUGUCGUCGGGGGUGGACUGCGGCCCGGAGGAGACCUCACUGCACGGCUCCUUCAGCCUGGGCCCCCGCUUCCCCGCCAGCAACACCUGCGAGAAGCUGCUGUGUGGCAUGGAGGCUGGCGUGCAGGCCAGCUGCAUGCAGGAGCGUGCCAUCCAGACAGACUUCGCACAGUACCAGCCUGACCUGGACACCAUCCUGGAGAAAGUGACCCAGGCCCAGGUCUACGGGACAGUGUUCGAGUCAGAGGACAGGUGCCCAGAGCCAGGCCCCCACCCCCCAGGGCCCAGAGACCCUAACUCAGCAGUGGUGGUGACCGUGGGUGAUGAGCUCGAGACCCCGGAGCCCGUCACCUGCGGGCCUACUCCACACCAUCCCAGCGCCAACCCCAACCCUGGCCCAUCAGUGAGCGUGGUGUGCCCCGUGGAAGAGGAGGAAGAGGCCACAGCCUCUGCUGAGAAGGAGCCCAAGAGCUACUGGAGCCGCCACUACCUCGUGGAUCUGCUGGCCGUGGUGGUGCCAGCCGUGCCCACGGUGGCCUGGCUCUGCCGCUCCCAGCGGCGCCAGGGCCAGCCCAUUUACAACAUCAGCUCCCUGCUGCGGGGCUGCUGCACCGUGGCCUUGCACUCCAUCCGCAGGAUCAGCUGCCGCUCGCUGGGCCAGCCGGGUCCCAGCUCUGCAGGCGGUGGCUCCCAGCUCUGAGGGGCCCGUCCCAGGCGGCCUGACCAGUGAUUGUAUCGUAGAGAUGCUCUCCCCCGCCACCCAUUCCCCCUGGGACAUCAUCUUAUUUAUUUAGUUUUUUGUUUGGAACUGUUUUUUGGGUUUUUUUUUUUUCUCCCCAGGAUAUUAGUGUCUGGGACUGGGAAUAAGGUUUGGGAAAGGUACCCCAAAACAUUGACAAAGAAAAAGGUAAGGAGGCACCCUGAUUGGACAAAGUACAGAAAGAUAAGGCUGCGAGGGUCCCAGCCUGGCCCCUCUGUCCCCCUGGCCCUGCAGACAGGGCAGACCCAGCUCAGGAAGUCUCUGGCUGUGUGUAUCUGGGGGAGGCUGCACUGCCCGUCCAGGCUUCCCCUGCCUGCACCAUCCUGGCCUGCACACUGCUCUCUCCAUGCUUCUCCCAAGCCUGUCCUCGCCCUCCACCCAGGCUUCUGAGCCAGUAGUAACUGCUCAGCUGAGGCAGUCAGGGCCCCAAGGGCAGGUAUCUGACCCGAGGACUGAAGAUCCAGCCUCCUUAACCUGCCCCCCCGCUGUGGGAGUCUGAAGCACAGUCAAGGCCACAAGCCUAAGGAAAGACCGUGUGGGGGCAGGCAGCAGUGCGGGUUUGGUGUCUGCUGACCCCAGGCCUUCCCAGCGUCCGCUCUCCUCUUGGCGCUUUGGACUGUCCUGGACCCUCCUUCCUGGGAGAUAGCUUAGCCCGACAGUCUGUGCUUGAGCCCCAGCUCCCGUCUGGAGAAUUCAUCAGCCCAAGAAGAGGAUGUAGGGUCCGGGGCGCCUCUGCCUCCCGACACGAGGCCCCUCAUCUGCAGUCAGGGAGGGGCUGCACUCAGGAAUCCUCAGCUCGAUGGAAAAGCCCGAGGCCAUGACUGCCCCUGGAGCCCACCCCAAAUGUCUCCGGGGGCCUCGGGCCCAACUCCUGCUUUGCACUAUUCUCACCCAUCCCUGGAUCUCCGAGGAGGUGGCUGGCUGCUUACUUUCAGGGUGAGGUUUCCUAACUCAGAGACCCCCUGCCUCUGAGGAAGGGUGGGAAUCCCAGCAGGAGAGCCACAAGACGGGAGGAUCAAAGCCAUGAUAUUGGUCCAGGCCAAAGCAGGGCGCCCUGGGAUGCGUUUCCCCAGGGCAGGGGUGUGCCAGGCUGGGCAGGAGCCUGCAGCUUCCCUGCUCACUCUCCAAUCCCAGGCAGCCUGAGAAGGUUCGCUGUCUCCCUCCUCCUCCACCAAGACAUCUGAGUCCCCCAGCAAAGCUGCUGACAUUUGAUGACCAUGAUAUUUUACCAAACAAAAUGGCUUCUCUUCCCCACAGGGGUCACAGCCACCUGCAUACCCCACCCCGUCUUCAGAGGUUAGACCCACGUUGUGGGGCUGGUGGGACCCCAUGUCUCACCUGCCCCCCUGGCCUAGGGGCCACUCUGGUUCUCUGCCAAGGUCGCUUGCCCCUCUCCCUGCUGCCCAGCAGCUGUUGCCUGACUGUUGGGCCCUGCCCUCAAGGGGGCACCUGCAUGGGCUGGGCGUGAACAGCCACCCCAGCCAUGGGGCACAGGCCCCCUUUGCCAUGCCUCGAUCGGGGCUCAGACCAGCCAGCUUUUGGGGAGCACGCACCCCCUUGCCCCAACCAUAACCAAACCCGAAUGACUGGGGCCUGGCUGGGGGUACCCCACAGAACACUAGGUUGUAUCAUGGAGAGGCAGGGGACAAACCAAUCCAAAGCCAAGCCAGGCCUGGCCACGGACCCAGCCCCCCUGGCCAUGUGCUCACAGAGACGCAUAGCAUCUCCUUAGAAAUAGCCCAAGCUCUGCUGGGAAAAAUAAAUGUAUGAACUAUAUUUGACAACAUAAAGCCUAUAUAUUUUCACCACUGGAAUUCAGUCAAGCUUUGUGGCCCCCUGCUCCUGUCUGUGUUUUGCUGUGUGUGGCCUUCCCGUUGUGUCUGCGUUGGUGGACGUGGACAGGGCCGGGGCCAUGGACCAUUCUGCUCCUGUUUUCCUGCUAGAGAAAGCCCUUGUGAAGGGCUGAGCAUCGCUGGGCCUGAGGCCUGCCUGUGUGGGUCAUCAGGGGUCCUGACCACUGUGUUGAGGAUGCUCUCUUUUAGGGGUUCUGGUGGGGCCUCCCAGGGCCUUUCUCCUUGCGGGUGGAGGAGGCAGCUCACUGCCCAUCCCUGGGACAGACUCUGGAGGCACACUGGCCCAGUGGCCCUGGCCCGGCUCCCACGUGCAUGCAUGCCUGUGUGUGUGCACUCUGAAUCCCGCAUCUAUGCAAAAGGUGCAGCGCUGUGCUCCAAGUGGUGGGUGCACAGCAGCUGCUGGCUCAGGCUCCCAGUCCCAGGGCACAGGGUGUGGGGCUGGGGUGACCAGGCUGGGGUCAGGGUUGGGCUUCCUGUUGAGAGCACUGUCCUCCAAUGCUCUCCUCUGCCUUCCUGCUUAAUGCUUUAUAUCUCCUCCUGCUGGUGGGUGGGACCUUGCCCUCCUGCCCAUGGCUCCUGGAGCAGAAAUCCUUGGAGUCUCCCUCUCUCCAGCCCCUUGCUGAUUAAGCCCUGCAGAGCAAUAUCCCCAGGAUCCACUUUCUGGAACUGCUGGUCCCUUGGAAUCCAGCAGCCAGAAGCGAGUUCUCCUUAGUUCCAAUAUCCCUGGCCAGAGCAGCUCACAUGUCCUGGCUCAGGAAGAAACUGGGAGUUGAACCUGAGCUUCCACAUGGGAGAGCUGGCCCUGAGUGGAGUUCAGUAUAGAUAUCCCCCAAGGGAAUAAUGAGCUUCUCACUGGAACACCCUUCUCCCUCGCCACUGACACGGGGGUCUGGCAGCACUUUGUGGGGGAGGGGCACGGGCACAAACCACAGGUUCUGGGACCAAGGCUUUCCAAGGGGCCUGUGCCCAGCAGGCCCACACCUCCCUUGCUGACCUUGGGAACAGUGCACACGGGUCACACUGCACUCUCCCACUGGGCCAUCCCCUUGACAGCGAGUCCAGGGGCUGUGGGAAGGGGGUAGGUGGGGAGGGGUCAUCACUCUCGUCGUCGUCGUCUGUGUCCUUUGUUCAGACAGAGUUGUAGCUGCCUCAGACAGCUCUGAAUUAAAGCAUGAA